CGUGCGGAUUUUCGCCCCAGGCACACUCUGUUUUCUGUACUCUGUUCUCUCCCUUGUCCCCAUGCAUACAGCAUACUUCAGCCUCUCUCUCGGUUCUCCCGGGCCCCUCGCGUGCGCUCUGUCUCUGUCGCCGUCGCCGUCGCCGCCGCCGCCAACCUACGCCAAGUGCCCAGAUCUCCACCCUCGGGACCUUCGCCGGCAGCGAACACCCACCACCAGAUGAAUCAAAUGUUGCAGAAGAAGAUAUAUGGCCUGAUUGGUUGCCCGCAUAUAGUCGAACCAGGCUCACGGUGAGCCUGAUUCUCGUGGUGGCAGAAAAGGCCUCAGGCUAGGAUCUAGAGAUGCGACCAAAAUCAAUGUAUCUUCAGAGCCAGGCCCAGGCUGUCGCGGUGUACAGCUGGGCUCUCGCUAGCCUGGUUAGCACGACCAGGUUGCCCAGGUGCGGGCAACCAAUCAGGUCCAUAGUAUAUGUGUACUCCCUUCGGUGUCAUAUUAUUUGUCCUUUUGGAUAAGCUGAUAUAGGGCAUUUACCCUUUUGUGACUAUGGCACUAGCGGCUAUCUAUAACCUUUUCAUCAUUAACAAAUCAGGCGGCCUUAUAUACUACAAGGACUAUGGUUCAGCAGGGAGGAUGGAUACCAAUGACAGUCUAAGAUUAGCAAGUCUGUGGCAUUCGAUGCAUGCUAUCUCCCAGCAACUCUCCCCUACCCCUGGCUGUACUGGCAUUGAUCUCUUACAAGCUCAUAACUUUGAUCUCCAUUGCUUUCAAUCCCUCACAGGGACAAAAUUUUUCGUUGUAUGCGAAACUGGAGCUCCAAACAUGGAAAUGCUGCUGAAAGUGAUUUAUGAGCUGUACACGGACUUCGUUUUGAAGAAUCCGUUCUAUGAGAUGGAGAUGCCGAUCCGGUGUGAGCUGUUUGAUCACAACCUGGCUCAGAUGAUCCAGAAGGACCGUGUUGCGCUUCUGGGUCGGUGAAUCUUGAAAACUCAUGGUCUCAGCCCUUGAAAACCCUACUUUUCCGUUUUCGACGCUUGGACUUGCUCUGCUGGAACCCUAAAUUCUACCUUGCGGCACUGCUGUGCUGUGCAUAACCGAUAACUUGAAUAGUGUGUUGCUCGCUUGUAAUCUUCUUGCGGUGUGAUGAAAUGUAGAGCUUUGCGGGCAUAAAUGCCGCUGCAAAUAGUAACAACAUGGAAGCAGCUUUUGUUCUUGCAUGUUUUCCCUGCAA